AUGUUAGCCCCAACAUUGCUUUCGGCCGUGCUUGGGAUUACUGGCAUCUUGAUGUCUGCCAAGCCAGCUCUGGCUAGGUCGGGGGGCAUUAUCGGGGCCAGCCCAUACCGCGCCAACGUCGACGCUUGUCCGGAACGAUGCAGUGUCUCUGGAUCCAACCCGGGUAACUGGUCGGUAUAUCCAGAGCUGAAGAAACUCAGAUACUGUCAGGAAACUGUAUUCUAUGCGUUUUCUGUGUAUGAUCCUGUCGAUGACUCUUUGGCUGGUCAUCGAAUCCAUGCCUGCACAUCCUUUGGCUCAGACUUUUCCCAGCUACCAAACUCGACAGUCAUGCGAGAAACCUCUUCUGCCGACGCAAGCUACCAGAUUGGUUGGUGGGAUGAAGGUUUCGGCCUGGCUAGUUCUGGAAUUCGUUCUCUCACAAAGCAGGCUCGCCGCUACCUCACUCAUGGGCACGGGGCCGCGGACAAACCCACUAUCAUGUUUGCCCAGUCUGGACAAGCUACCAUUGGACUCUAUGUUGGCCAAAGUCUUCAGAGUCAAGUCAUUGGCUCUGCUGUCCUCAAAACGUUUGAGGACAACCUCUCCACGUUGAAUACUACAGCGCCUUCACUGGCUAUGCAGCUCUGCGGACCAGAUUUGGAUACUGCUCAUUCAUUCGGACUGAUUGUUGCAAGCAAUGGAACUUUCAGUUCCCUUCAGAGCGCUAUUCAAACUUGGGACAAGGGAACUUGCUUGUCAUUCUCACAAUCUAUCAACAUGACCAGCCGUGUCUCGUAUACAAGGCCCUUGGAAGUGGUAGCCAAUGCUGAUAACACUACUGUGUCUUCCAAGUCUCUGACCAUGAGCAAGGGUCAUGGAAAGCGCCAUCAACACCUGCAUAUUCGUGCUGAAUGCAAAACGACCAAGGUUGAAAGUGGCGACAGUUGUGCAAAACUGGCGCAAAGAUGUGGUAUCUCGUCCAGCGACUUUACCAAAUACAACCCAGGAUCCAACUUCUGUGCCCAGCUAGUACCCAAGCAACAUGUGUGUUGCUCAAAGGGAGACCUACCUGAUCUUCGACCCUCCAAGAACUCCGAUGGUAGCUGCCAUGCCUACAAGGUUGAAGAGAGUGACAACUGUGCGAGCAUCGCGGUUGAGAAUGGUCUCAAAACUGAGGAUCUUGAAAAGUUCAACAAGAAGACCUGGGGCUGGGCUGGAUGCAAGCGCUUAUUCUACAAAGCCGUCAUCUGCUUAAGUGACGGUUCUCCUCCCUUCCCUGAGCCGAUCGCCAAUGCCCAAUGCGGCCCGCAGAAGCCAGGAAGCAAGAGACCAAACGAAGCUACCGACCUAUCUGAUCUUAACCCUUGCCCUCUCAACGCGUGCUGCAACAUUUGGGGUCAGUGUGGGAUUACCAGGGACUUCUGCACAGACACCAAUACUGGAGCCCCCGGAACCGCCAAGGAGGGCACUUAUGGCUGUAUCUCCAACUGUGGCACUGAUAUCGUGCGGGGCGGCGGCGAUGGCUCGAUACGCAUCGGUUAUUUCCAGGGCUACGGACUGGGCCGUCAGUGCCUUCUCAUGGAUGUCUCUCAAAUUGAUACCUCAAAGUACACACACGUGCACUUUGCUUUUGGCACCAUGACCAAGGACUACGACGUGCUGGUGGGCGACAAACUCUCUCAGUACCAGUUCCAAGAGUUUAAAAGCCUUAAGGAUGUUAAAAAAAUUCUUUCCUUUGGCGGCUGGGACUUCUCUGCAAACCCUGCCACCUACUCCAUCUUUCGCGAGGGCGUCAAGCCUGCUAAUCGUCUUACGAUGGCUACCAAAAUCGCAAACUUCAUUACACUGAACGGGUUGGAUGGCGUUGAUAUUGAUUGGGAGUACCCCGGAGCUCCAGACUUUCCUGACAUCCCGCCAGCAGAUGAGGGGGAAGGGACAAACUAUCUUGCUUUUCUCGCCAUUCUGAAGAACCUGUUACGGGGCAAGUCCCUAUCUAUCGCUGCACCGUCUUCCUACUGGUACCUGAAGCAGUACCCUAUCAAGGACAUCGCCAAGAUCUUAGACUAUAUCGUUUAUAUGACCUAUGACCUUCACGGCCAGUGGGACACAGAGAAUCCUCACUCGCAGGAAGGGUGCGACUUUGGCAACUGCCUCCGCAGUCAGGUCAACCUUACUGAAACCCAAUACUCGUUGGCCAUGAUCACCAAAGCAGGUGUCCCAAGCAGCAAGGUCGUUGUUGGUGUUACUAGCUUCGGGCGGUCUUAUAAAAUGGCUGAGGCAGGUUGUUAUGGGCCGGAUUGCCUCUAUACUGGCAACAAGUUGGAGUCUCCAGCAAAGAAAGGCAAAUGCACCGGCACAGGCGGCUACAUUGCUGACGCCGAGAUCAACGAGAUCAUCAAGGACAACAGUCGCGUCACCAAGCGCUAUCUCGACACAACGAGCCACAGUGAUAUCCUCGUCUAUGACAACACGGAAUGGGUUUCUUAUAUGAGCAGCACCACAAAGAUGGCCAGGGAGGCACUCUACUCGGCCUGGGGUAUGGGUGGCACUACCGAUUGGGCUGUUGAUCUUCAAACAUACCACGACGUCCCCGAGCCUUCAAAGAGUUGGGCCAUCUUCAAGGAGGAUGUGAAGCUUGGAGAAGAUCCCAGGCUGGACAAGGCCCGAACUGGCAACUGGACAGACUAUUACUGCACCGACCCCCUCGUUGUGGAUAGACGGGACUACUCUGGCGAAGAGUGGAAGCUCUGGGGACUGUUGCAAACUGAUGACGCUUAG